GAUGCAAUAUGUCAGAUGCAAGAUGUCAGAUGCAAGAUGUCAGAUGCAAGAUGUCAGAUAUGAUAUGUGUACGAACACGUGGAUCAUUUGGAGCCUUCCCUAGAAGAGUCAUUGCCAUGUCGUAUUAUCUGCCAGCAUUUGCUAAUGAACAGGGACUUUCCCGAAAUGAUCUUGUUAAGAAGUACUUUCAUUUAGGUUUUGAAUACAAGGAAAUGUUAGCUCUAUUGUAUGUCCAUCAUGGCGAGACCCUGAGCCUCCGACAUUUGAAACGACUUCUACGUAAGAUAAACCUUAAGAGGAGGGAAGGGGUACCUGACCUCGCAACAGUCAUAGGCAUGAUAGAGAAUGAGCUAUUCGGAAGUGGAAACUGCAUUGGUUACAGACAAAUGCACCAGAGACUGCGAAAUGAUUACCAUCUACAAAUUAAUAGUUUCAGAGAAACUGUACGGAUUGCGUUGAGAACGCUUGACCCAGAAGGUACAGAACGCAGGAAAUCUCACAGACUGUUAAGACGGACCUACCGCUCGCAAGGUCCGAACUACUGUUGGCAUAUAGAUGGGUACGAUAAGCUGAAGCCGUUUGGAUUUUGCAUCCAUGGUUGCAUUGACGGGUACUCCAGACGAAUUAUGUGGCUGAGGGUGGCAUCAUCUAACAACGACCCCGCUAUAGUGGCCGACUACUUCGCUGGUUGCAUUAGAAUGAUUAAAGGAGUGCCGAGGCGCAUUAGAGCUGAUAAUGGAACAGAAAAUGUUAACAUUGAGGUGAUGCAAGUAUUCCUUCAUUUUGGUCUGAAUGACGAAGCAGCAGUUAGCAAUUUUCAGUACGGAACAUCGGUUGCAAAUCAGCGGAUCGAAGCUUGGUGGUCUCAGUUAAGAAAAAGUAAUUCAGAUUUCUGGAUAACCUAUUUCAAGGACUUGAGGGAUAGGGGCCUUUUUGAUGAUAACGACUUGGUGCAGUGCUCUAGCCUCAAGUUCUGUUACCAGGGUUUAAUUCAAGAUGAGUUAGACAAAGUUGUAAAGCAUUGGAACACUCACAGAAUAAGACCUUAUCACAAUCAGGAAACCCCACCCGGAAGGCCGGAUGUAUUGUACAAUCUUCCAUCACUCCAAGGUACACAAGAUUACAAAAGUUGCAUUGACUUGGAUGAUGCCACUUUUAUAGCAGAAAAGUUGUGCAAGAAGCCAAACGCAUUUGGGUGCACAGAGGAAUUCUCUGAUAUGUUCAAGAUGCUCAUGGAAGAGCACAAUUUACAAAUGCCGAAUGUCGUGGAAGCUGAAGAUUUGUAUGUUAAUCUUAUACAUUUAACGGAAGCUUCGUUAUAAACUUGUCGUUAGACAAACAUCGCUCGACAUCUUAGGGAACGUUAGAUAUAUCAGUCAGACAAACAGGAACAGGUCAUGAAGAUGGAUGAUAUUUAAUCCUACCUUUUAGCGUGAAAUGUAAGAUGGUACUAAAAACACCCUUGCAUUUCGCGAUACUAUUAAGGAAAAGUGGGUUUUCAUAAGUGCUGUGGCACACAUUUUUUUUUUUUUGGUGGGGGGAGGGGGCGCAGCUAUUACACAACAUGUCGUUUUAUCAUUGCAAAACUGUAUGAGUUAUUUUCACCCGCUCGAUAAUUUGUCAUUGUCAUCUUAAUCGAGGUUAUACACCUCGGGUAUUCCUUGUUUUUGAGAGCAGAUGCCUAUUUUCCUCGAUAUGUGAAAAAAAGGGGUUUUACAAAAAACUACGUUGACGUGCUUCUCCGCUACAGCCCUGGAAUCCGUUGUUCAGCGUCAAGGGGGCUGCACCACCAUAAUUAAAGACGUGCAUGUCAUGAGGAUUUCGAAGACCUUAGAAGAAAAGCGAAAAUUGUUUUUCAAGGAAAAAUCAGAGAUGUGUGUGUGUGGGUCUGGGGGAGGGGGGGGGGCAAGAAUGUUAAAUAACCGGGUACCAAUAUGAUGUAUGAAAUUUUUAUUAAAAAAAGUAACGAUGUAAAGCUCG